CACACCAUGGGGCACCUGCAGCUGCUGGUUUGGGGCUUCACCUGCUGCCUGGCAGCGGUGAGCUCGGCGAAGCUGGGCGCCGUGUACACGGAAGGGGGUUUCGUGGAAGGCGUCAACAAGAAGCUCGGCCUUUUUGGCAACUACGUGGACAUCUUCAAGGGCAUCCCCUUCGCUGCUGCCCCCAAGCCCCUGGAGAACCCCCAGCCACACCCCGGCUGGCAAGGGACCCUGAAGGCCAAAAAAUUCAAGAAACGAUGCCUGCAGGCCACCAUCACCCAGGAUAACACCUACGGCUCUGAGGACUGCCUCUACCUCAACAUCUGGGUCCCCCAGGGCAAGAAGGAAGUGUCUCGGGACCUGCCUGUCAUGGUCUGGAUCUACGGGGGCGCCUUCCUCAUCGGGUCCGGCCAAGGGGCCCACGUCCUCAAAAACUACCUGUACGACGGCCAGGAGAUCGCCACCCGGGGCAACGUCAUCGUGGUCACCUUCAACUACCGAGUUGGGCCCCUGGGCUUCCUCAGCACCGGGGACUCCAACCUGCCAGGUAACUACGGCCUUCGAGAUCAGCACAUGGCCAUCGCGUGGGUGAAGAGGAACAUCGCGGCCUUUGGGGGGGACCCCGACAACAUCACCAUCUUUGGGGAAUCCGCCGGAGGUGCCAGCGUCUCUCUGCAGACCCUCUCUCCCUACAACAAGGGUCUCAUUCGGCGAGCCAUCAGCCAGAGCGGCGUGGCACUGAGCCCCUGGUCCAUCCAGAAGAACCCUCUCUUCUGGGCCAAAACGAUUGCCAAGAAGGUGGGCUGCCCCACGAACGACACAGCCAGGAUGGCCAAGUGUCUGAAGGUCACCGACCCCCGCGCCCUGACGAUGGCCUAUAAGGUGCCCCUGGCAGGCAUGGACUACCCCGUGGUGCACUACCUGGGCUUCCUCCCCGUCGUCGACGGAGACUUCCUCCCCGACCACCCCGCCAACCUGUUCGCCAACGCGGCCGACAUCGACUACAUCGCCGGCACCAACGACAUGGACGGCCACCUCUUUGCCACCGUUGACACGCCGGCCAUCGACAAGAGCAAGCAGACCGUCACAGAUGAGGACUUCUUCAAGCUGGUCAGCGGGCUCACCAUCAGCAAGGGGACGAGGGGCGCCAGGGCCACCUUCGACUUCUACACCGCGCCCUGGGCCGAAGACGCAUCCCAGGAGGCCGUGAAGAAGACAGUGGUGGGGUUCCAGACCGACAUCCUCUUCCUGAUGCCCACGAAGAUGGCCCUGGCCCAGCACAGAACCAACGCCAAGAGCGCCAAGACCUACAGCUACCUGUUCUCCCAUCCCUCUCGGAUGCCUAUCUACCCCAGCUGGGUGGGGGCCGACCACGCGGAUGACAUCCAGUACGUCUUUGGGAAGCCCUUCAGCACCCCUCUGGGUUACCGGGCCCAGGACAGGACCGUCUCCAAGGCCAUGAUCGCCUACUGGACCAACUUUGCCAGAACUGGGGACCCCAACAUGGGCCACUUGGCUGUGCCCACACACUGGGACCCCUACACCCUGGAAAACGGCAAUUACCUGGAGAUCAACAAGAAGAUAGAUAGCACGUCCAUGAAACAGCACCUGCGCAGCGACUACCUGAACUACUGGGCCCUGACCUACCAGGCACUGCCCACGGUCACGGAAGACGAGGCCACCCCUGUGCCUCCCACAGAUGACUCCGAGGUCACCCCUGUGCCUCCCACAGAUGACUCCGAGGCCACCCCUGUGCCCCCCAAGGAUGACUCUGAGGAUGUCCCUGUGCCCCCUGCAGGUGACUCUGAGGAAGUUCAGAUGCCUGCAGUCAUCGGCUUCUAAUGUCCUUGGCCCCAAGAGGCCACAGGGUGGGACCCCAGGGAGCUGCCCGCCCCCAGGCUCUUCCUGAAUAAAGCCUCCUCUCUCUG